GACAUUAAGCUUAGGGGAUCAGGAAACCUAAGAAAAACCUGUUUAUCCAAUUUGUUUCAAUAAUUAUCUUUUAACAAACGCCAAAAAUCGUCUCCUGUAAAAAUGAAUGAAUAAAUAAUGAAAAACACAACAAAGGCAAAUAUUUCAUGUCUGUGUCCUUAUAGUAAGUUGUUAAAAGUCCAGUGGUCAAACGAAAAUACAUACGUGAGGCGACAAUGCACAAUACAGUCGUAUAUUUUAAGUAAGGGAGGGUGAGGGCUAACACGUUAACGGCCGCACUUCUGUAAAACGUCUACCGUGUUCUUCACCGGGGACGGGGAGGUAAACUCCAACACGUUGAGUCCACGUCGCCGUUGGCUGUUUCUAUUCACGCUCACCGGCUAUCAAAAAGAUGGAAUAAAAACAACUGUCUCGUGGGGGGUUUAUUAGACGACAGUUAAACAGUGCGGGAAAUUAACGUUAACUCCACCGCCCACUUGCUCAACGGUUUUACAACGGCUGUGUUUUGGCUGGUUUUUACCCACAGUCAUGUGAUUGUAACGUAAAACCCCCUAACCGGAAAACGACGACGGACGACCCUCUCCGCCGCCAACGAAUGCAGCGUUUGCGAAGAACAGUACAAGCUGCUGUGAACCCAGAGAGAACGGACGGGUCCCCGGUAACAAACAAACAACGGCGACACUGCAAACUCCACCAGAUAACUCGGAGUGCAGGUACGACUGUUUUUCAGCUACAUACUCACCCGUUCGUUUACCGAUAUUGUUACGGUAUUUGGUUAGUUGUGUGUGCUUUGGCUUUCUAGAAUUGUCACGGGGAAGUUAAAAGAAACGCAUUCGUGACUAACCCCAUCCCCCUUGCGUCUCUCGUCAUUCCGCGCUAUUGGUGUGUGUUGUGUGUUUGCGCUCGCACACGCGCAUGUCCGUUUUCUCGCGCUGGCAGCACCAACCGAGAGAGAGAUUCGAGACGGAGCUAGGAGUCAGUGUAGGCGCGCUUGUUUUCUGGUUUCUGAAUUAAUGUUGAGUGCUCCUCAGUUUAUUAUUUUUAUCAGCACUAUUGAACGGCUCGAUUCCUCACGUUCUUAGCCUUCCGUAAGAUUUCGUCUCUGUGGUUUUAACGGUGUAUUCUCAGAAAAAAGAAAUUCUCACUACGGAAGUAACUGUUCCACGUGUCUACAUCAUCUCGUCAGGGGCGGUGCUUUAUUGUUGCUAAGUUUCAAUAUUGAUCAACUCAUGGUACAGCCGCUGUCUUCAUGGAUCCAUUGUGCAAAACGUGGUAAACAGGUACACUUUGUCCUAAAAACAACAAUUUCUGAGAAUCAGGAGCUGACUGAAAGCAAACUAAACCACUCGUGUUUUCUUAAUUUGAACCUGUCUGAAAUAAUGUAAUUGUGGGAAUAGACUGAAAGCUACUUGCAAGAUACACAGACUAGACGUUUGUGCAAAGCUGGCCCUAUGACUUUUGAGCAUUGGCCUGAUUGGUUGUGGUAAUAAAUCAAUAAAACGUUCUAUUCUAAGAUCUAAUCGGAAAUUGGAUCUCUUUCAUAAGCAGUCACUUGUUUUACACAGAGCUGAAACCUAAAUAUAAAUUGGAGUAAAAGCUUGCUAUUGUUUAAACAUUGUGAACAGUCUUUUAGUAGUACAAAUUAUAGUGAGAAAGUAGGAACCCAACAAGAGGGCCUGUAAAAAUAUUUGUAAAAACAGAUAAAGUUUGUAGAAUAUAUUCACAGGAUGGGAGUGGCUGCAUGUUAGGUCUGCCAGAAUGUCAAGAUGGGCAGACUGUUUUUGAGGCCCAGGUGGGAUUAAAUUGUAUCCAGGGAUAGACUUUAUAAUUUUCAUAAUAUUUUCACUGAAAUAAUAACUUUUAUAAUUUUAUUUAUUCCAAUCAAAUCAAUCGAUGCUGUGAAACUUGAGAAUUUCCUGGAGUGAAGGUGACAUUUUGAAAAACAUUGCUUCUUUUAGACCAACAGCCCCAAAUUAAAAGAUAUUAAAUGUCUUUUAUGACUUAUAAAAGCAGCAAAGCAUCUAUCUGAUAGCGUAGAACCAGAGGAUGUUCAGAGUUUUUGACUCCUUCUCUGUUCUUUCUAUAAUGGAUUACAUUUAUAGACGGGCGUAACUGAUAAAUUGGGUCCGCAUAGAAAUUGUAUGUGAACAGAGAAUGACUGACGGUUUCCUUGCACAAGAUACGGAAACCUAGCCUUUUCCUGGAGUGUUAGAGUUCCAGCAUCAUUGCACUCUGACCUUGCUGAUGAAAUGCAUGUGUGGUGAGAGAGGCCAACUGUUUUUGUAACCAAUAUGGGACAUGCAGUGUUAACAAAUAUAACAGUGUUUCAUAUGUAUAUAUGUAUAUGAGUUAAAUUGUAAGACAAGUUCUCUGUGCACUGAGGAGAAAUUGUGGGAGAAAGAGGAAUCACCUAGUUUUCAUCUCCCACCGAAAGGAGGUAGAACCAGUUUUCCUUUAGGAAUUUGUGACAACACCCGUAACACAGGUCAUGUGAUGGCCUGGAGCUCUUGUAGUCCUUCAGUGGCCUUAAGGGACAGCAACGCCCAUGUUGACUGGCCAGAGGUGGUGUCAGGAUGGCCUCAGAGUGAAAGUUUGGGUGGCUUAGGCUCCAUCAGAACAGAUACGUGCAAAGGAUAUCCAUUUAAAGAUUUCAAGGCAGGCUCAAAACCAAAUAGUCUGAUAUUUUGGUUUCUAGUUGUACUGAAAGUGUUAUUUUUGGUAUUUAAUCCUAUCCAAAUAAAUCUUUUUUAAUGACCAGUUAGUUAUGAGACAUUUUCAGAAGGAGUUCAUCACUACAUCUGAGAGUUCAAGUUGAUGUUUUUAAAUCACAACAAAUUUAUUAAUGAAGCUAUAACUCACAAUUAAUCUUGAUCUAUGCUUUGAAAAUAACUGAAAUACUUUAUUUGUGAUCUGAAAGGAUUAUGUAACAAAGGUACAUCAAAUGUUUAUUGAAUUGUCAUAAGAGGCAAACAGAAAGCCCUCUCUGUUCCUGUGUAAAGUUGAUUUGGAACAAGAACAUUUUCCACGUCAUGGCAGAAAUCUGAAUUCUUAAAUGACUUGUUUUCACUUUAACUAACCAUUACAAAAAUGUCCUAAUACCCACUUGUAGAAAAAAUAAACAAAUUAGAACAAGUUGCUUUUUGUUUGUUAAACCAUAACAUUAAUGGGAAUAAUGUUCUGUGACAGUGGUGCUAGACAAAUAGUCUCCAGCAUCACAAAAUGAUUCUCCACUGUUGAGUGAAGCUAGCCUUUGCAAGGUCGUUAAAUUACCACUGUAAGCUUGACUCUUUGUGGUCACAAUAAACUCUGGUCUCCUUCCAGACAGGAAGCUCAUUGCUGUGUGUGUGUGUGUGUGUGUGUGUGUGUGUGUGUGUGUGUGUGUGUGUGUGUGUGUGUGUGUGUGUGUGUGUGUGUGUGUGUGUGUGUCUAUGUGUGUGUGUGUCUGUGUGUGUCUGUGUGCCUUUGUUGCAGGUUGAAGAAUGGAGUUGGCCAACCAUGGUCUUAUCCUGCUGCAGCAGCUCAAUGCUCAGAGGGAGUUUGGCUUCCUGUGUGACUGCACUGUGGCCAUCGGGGACGUCUUCUUCAAAGCCCACAAAGCCGUCCUUGCUGCCUUUUCUAACUACUUCAGGAUGCUCUUUAUACAUCAGGACAGGUACAGGAGGGGUGUGUUAGCACUGGUAUCUGACAUUAACUCAAAACUCAAAUUAAAAUACCCUUUGUUGUCAAAUCAAAUAAUUUCUCGAAAACUGCAUUCAUCUACCAAAACCUACAGACCUCAUGGCUGAAUAACACUGACUUGUCCUUAUGAUGACGAACAGUGAAGGCCUUUUUCUUCUCAGUGAACUGAAUCCCUGACUGAAGAAUUUGUGCAGUCAUUCAAUUUGACAAAUAUCUAACAAGGUGCCUAUGAAAAAGUUCCCUUUAUGAAGGAAACAGAGAUUUAAAGAACUUGCCACAUUCCAGUUUCAGUAGGGUGUAUUUUCUCAUCUUCAAAUUAAUGCAGAAUCUGUAGCUAGGAACAAGAUUUAUGCAAAAUAUGACAUACAAUUUGCUUCACUGUAUCAACCAACUCAUUAACCUGUUGGUGUUGUUAAAAUUGUAAAACAUAAUGUAAUAUAAUUUCAACUCCCAGCAUUUUCAGAAUUUGACAUCCACAUCUCUGUGUUCCAGUGACUGUGUGCGCCUCAAGGCUGCUGACAUACAGCCAGACAUCUUCAGCUACCUGCUCAACCUGAUGUACACCGGCAAGCUUGCCCCCCAGCUGAUAGACCCUGCACGGCUUGAACAGGGGGUCCGUUUCCUGCAUGCAUACCCCCUCCUGCAGGAGGCCAGUCAGUCUGUGUACUCCCACCCCGAGCAGAACCUCAACCUCUCCACUUCGCUUUAUGGCAUCCAGAUCUCUGACCAACAGGUGGCACUGUCAACUAGGUUAUCGGCGCGUCAGCAGCUCUCCUCACCUUUCGACGUGGAGCAGCUUGGCUCAGAGGGAAAGUAUCCGUCCACACCUGCUACCACAGCUUCGUUUGCUACCUCUUUACCAUCCAAGCUAGGCUCCUUACCCCAGGACAUGGAAGCUUCAACCAGUGGGACCAAGCCAACAGGUGAGGAAGUGGGGGCAAAUUUGCUCAAUGUAGAUGGCUCCUCAGCAAGCACUUCCAUCCUACAUGUGAAGCCGAGCAUCAUGAAGAGGAGUUCUUUCAGGAAGCACUACUCCUGUCAUCUGUGCAGGAGCAGGUUCACACAGAGGAGCCUGCUGAGAGAGCAUCUCCUGCUGCACACGCAGGCUCUACAGCAGGCAACAGCAGAGCCCAGCAACCUCUCACCUGUUUUGACCGCAGAACAAAGCAUGCUUGAAGCAGAGGGGGUCCUCAAAGGUAGCAAGCCAGGGUCAGGCACCUCUGUUUCCAAUACAGCAGUGGAGAUAAUCAGCGACAGUGAGCAGACACCUGUUUCAGGGACCAACUCAGACUCUCCUCGAGCUGAGGUGUCCACAUCCAGCUGGGGUGUGGGAGGGUUAAACUCUCAGGCAGACACACCUCCUCCAUCAGACAUCGCUGAUAUAGACAACCUCGAGAGCGCUGACUUGGACCGGGAAGUGAAGCGAAGGAAGUACGAAUGCUCGACAUGCGGGCGAAAGUUCAUUCAGAAGAGCCACUGGAGAGAGCACAUGUACAUUCACACAGGGAAGCCUUUCAAAUGCAGCGCCUGCGGAAAGAGCUUCUGCCGUGCCAACCAAGCGGCUCGUCAUGUGUGCCUAAAUCAGAGCGCUGACACCUACACCAUGGUGGACCGACAGAGCAUGGAGCUGUGCACGGCGGGCGAUGACAGCAGCCAGAUGGAGGCCAUGUUCUUGGGUUCCUCAAAGCCUUACAAGUGUAACAUUUGUGCAACCACCUUCUCUAGCCCCAAUGAAGUGAUCAAACAUUUGUGUUUUACCCAGGGGGGGCUGGCAGGGCUGCAGGGAAACAAUGUGGGCUCAGGGAUGAUACUCCAGCGUGAGGAGUUCUCCAAAGAUGAGGGCUCUGAUUUGUCCAAUUCUGGCACACCACCGGAGCCCAUAAAGACAGAGGAAAUCCUCGUAGAGUAGUGCCAAAAGUGUGUGUGAGCCUUCAACAUGUUUGUUUAUUUUCUAAAUUAUGGUUUACAGGUAAACUAAAGGUGAAGUUAGUCAGGGUAUGUUUGUCAGAGAUCUCAGUCUACAAGAAGUUAUAUUUUUAGGGGUACAGUCAUUGGGUACAGUAUUUUUUUAUUUUUUGUCCCCAAAUAUAAAAUUGUAUUUAAAAAAUAAUCCAAUGUUUUAAAGCUCCCUGGAGUUCAUUUAAAAAUCAUUAUAACCUGCAAAUAGCAUUGUUAGCUUAUGUUAUACGACUAUUACUCAGGCUCUUCUAUAGUGUUUUCUCUUGAGAUCAACCAUUGUGGUGAAGCUGCACUGGCUGACUUUCAGAAUAAGAGGAAGCAGAGACACUUCCGGAGUAGACAGCAUGUUGUGAGAUGAGUUAGCCGUGCAGCAUUUUAAGACAAAAGAGAGUCACUAACUGCUAAUAAUGUCACUGCAGCUGCACAGAGAAGUGCCAAAUGAGAGGUGACUCUCCAGAGAGAUUAUUAUCCAGCUAAAAGCACACAUUCAAUCUGAGACAAUCUUUGCUCUGUUUUGGAGUCAACACUCAUGCAGGAGAAGAACUUUGUCUUCCAUACGUGGUUUCAUCCUUGGCAAAAAGAAAGCUUUGUAGCUAAAUUUAAGUACUGUUUUUAAAAUCCUUCAAACUGUGGUUUAGUUUUUCCACCCUCUGUUUGGUGACAACAUGGUUUCCUCCUAGAAACAAUCCUUUUAGGAGUUUUGCCACUAGAAGUUUCUCACAAACGGCAAGAGUGGUCAUUGUGUUUCCAAGUAAGACAUGUCAUUCUGGUUUUGUGCUCAUUUUGACACAAACCUUAAUAAGAAUCUGUCCACUGCUGUUGUUUUGUGGUCUAAUUUGCUUCAUAAUGUAUGUAACAUCUAAAAGCUCCCAGUUUUUGUUUUAGAUUCAUUUUUUAUGUUAGGAACAUGCUUUAUCUAAAUACAAAAAUAAUGUCAUUUUGCAAAGGUUAAUAAGUACAGUAAGACAAAGACUCAUAAAAUUUAGUUUUAGCUGAAUUUUAUAUAUAUUCGUGAUGGGCAUUAUACAUGUACCUUAAAUUUUUCUUUACAAAAAAAGACAUAUUUAGGUUUCAGUUGAAAACUGGAGUUUAUCUCCCAAUGGCUGACCUUUUAUUCUUACUUGAUGCAAAGGGAACUUUUUUUUGUCAUGUUAAGAUCUUAAAGCAUGUACGUAUUUUGUAUUUUAAUUGUGUCUAAAUAAAAAUAACAAGCAGUAGUUGAAACUGCAGCCAUUUAUGGAAGAGCAAAAAAUACACAGGUUAAUGUUAGCUGCAAGUAGCAUAGUUUGCCUGGCAGUGGGGGGUCAGGUGACACGCUGGUUAGUGAGGUAUGAGAUAUCGGGUGUAAACCUCAUACCUGAUAUUCUGGACAGAUUUUUCUGUGAAAAUGAAAGAAAUUAUUUAUUAUUUGUAAUGACAACAUCAAUUUCUUGGGAAUACUUUUAUGUACUACUGAUGACUGAAAGUCUUUACAUGUCCAGCUAAUGUGAAGAGUUAUUAUAUAAUCUUUCAUGAUGAAACAUGUCCAAUUUGACAGUAGCAGAAGUUGCAAAAUACAGGUUUCUCAACUGAACUUACAUCUGGAUAUCUCAUCCUGAUUUGUUUUUUUUUCUUUUUUUUUCUGCACAUAUUUUAAUUCUAAAAUUGUUGCGUUGUUUCAGGGACUUGUGACCCUAAUUUCUCUUGCAAGUGGUAUUUGAGAGAAGAAUAAACCUCACCGCAAAACUGCAGGUUUUGCUGAAAUCACUUUGAGAAAAUGUGAUCUUUGCAAACCUUUUACAAAAACCCCAAAUCUUUUUUUUCAUAGUCUGACAUUUAUCUCCUUCAUGCAGAAAUCUUCCAAUCAAGCUGCUCCCUGACAGAACAAAGAUACUGCGAUCUUAGAGAGUUAUUGUAAAGAAUUGUAAUAUAAUUUACAGUUUAUUGUAAAGCAAAUUUUGAACGUAAGUGUAUGGUAGAAAAUUAUUGUUAUUGUAAUCCUGAUAUUUUUUUCUUUCCAUCUUUAACUUGUAGUUUUUAUAUGAAUGCCCAUCCCUAUGUCUGAGAUGUAUCAACCCCCCCUUUCUCUCCUUCCGAACCAGUUUCACCCAGCCUUAAAUACACAUUUACAACUGUGAUACAAGGCCUGGUCUCCAGUUAUCGGGAGUUUUCUGUACUAAAAGUCUGUCUCUGAUAAGUAUUGAGAAGCAAUUGCUGCUUUGCUGCAUUAUCUUAGAGUUUUACAAGGUGGAGCUGUUUCCUGCAUUUCUGGUGGAAGGGAAGGCUUUCAGAUUUGAAGUACCUUAACUGAUGUUUUUGUUGCCAAUGAUGUGACCUUUGCCAUAUAUCACACCUGAUUUUUAUUCAAAUAAAAACUCAAAUAUUGAGUUUAUUUUUGAGAGUGUUAUGUGUUGACCAUUAGGGAAGGACUUUUAUUUUUGUCUUGAUUCAAGAAUUAUCAUGCUGUACUACUGAUGUUCAUGUCUUGAUGCUUCACGGGCGUCUGUGCAGCUUUUAAUGUUAGAUUUAAUCUAAUCUACAUCUUCAGCUUGAUUUGUAACUGUUCAGCUUCACACCUGUCUCGUAACUCAAGAGUUGUGUGUGUGUGUGUGUGUGUGUGUGUGUGUGUGUGUGUGUGUGUGUGUGUGUUAAAAUAUGUCAGUAUCUCAGGAUGAGAUGUCUGACUUUCUCUUUUUGGUUCUCUGUUUUUCAACUUGAUUUUAUUUCCAGGUCAUGAAACUACCCUACAAUGUCUAUUUGGAGUCUACUGUGAUCAAUUUUGUUCUCAGGUUAUAAGCAAUUUUCUGUAGGAACAAAAUUUUUUCCUUUACAGUGAAAAAUGAACAAUAAAAACAUGUCUUUUUCAUAACAGA